UGAAAAUCUCCAAGCUAAUUGACUUCAACUUGGUCUUAGGAAACCCAAACAAGAUGCACCAUUAUGUGGGCAUCAUUAUAUUUGGACUGAAAGUAGCAGCAGGUAGGACACUUUGCUUUGCUUUCGCUUUCAGACUAUAGCUUUCAGCGCCCUCUAUUUAAAAUAUUAAUACUACUAUUAGCUUUAAUUUUUUAAAUUGAAAUAAAUAAGAAAAGUUUAACAGAGGGAAACUAAAUUUGUUAUUACAUGAAUACUACUUUCAGGGCUAUUCACUGUGUUCAUCAGAUGGAUUCGCCGAGACCAGGUGAUGCGUUUGGUCAAAAUCUGGCUUAAAGUAUUGUUGAAAAAACCGCAGGUGAUUAGAAUCUCCCGGUGGGGAAUUCUUUUUAAGUUCAUUAUGGCAAUCAUGACUGACCUGCUGCAACUGGCAAUAACCUGGAAUGCGAUGGGUCAUGCGAAGGCCAAUCAAGCAACACUGAUAGCUCUGCAGUUCUGGAUGUCAGCGAUGGUAAAUCUGGCCAUAGCGCAGCGGUAUUUGGUAAUCGUGUUGGUUCGGGCUCACUACCAUCUGCUUAACAUAGAGCUGCGGCAGGUGAUCGAUGAGAGCAGGAUCCUAAGUAGUCAACCUCGUAGGAAGGGAGCUUUCAUGACCAAAUGCUGUUCCUUGGCGGACCAGGUGGACAAUAUAGCCAAGCUGCAAAGUCAGCUACAGAUGAUUGUAAGCCACCUGGAGGAGGUAUUCGGCAUCGAGGCGCUCUUGGUGUAUAGCGGAUAUUAUAUUUUCUCAAUAGCAAUCACUUACAUGAUCUACAGUAUUUUAAAGUAUGGCCUUGACAAUCUGGAAAUGACCCUCACGUCAACGGUUCUGUCCUUCACUUGGUGCUUCUUUUUCUACCUCGAUGCCAUUUUGAAUCUAUUCAAUACGCUCAAUUUACAAGAUGAUCACAAAAAGUUGGCUCGUCUACUGGAGGAGCGAACCCUAUUUGACCAUACCUUGGACGUUCGUCUGGAGGAAUCGUUUGAGAGCAUGCAACUGCAAUUGAUAAGAAACCCGUUUAAAAUUGAAAUAGUCAAGUUAUUCCCAGUCUCUCGCAACAGUGCCAUGGCCAUGUUUGGAUCUUUGGUGACGCAUUCAGUAUUCCUAAUUCAAUAUGACAUGGAAUACUUCUGAUGAUAUUGAACAUAUUAAUCCUUUUUGCAUGUAUCCACUUGAAAAUAUUUGAAUUAUUAACCUCAAUAUUGUUCUUAUAUAUAGGUGUUUAUAUAUGUAUAUGUAGGUAUAGGUAUUUAUCGCACAUUUAUUUACAGCUCACCGAUGGACACGCCUCUAGGAUAAAAGUCACUAAAUUGAAUCACUGAAUAUAUAAAUCUUCGAGAAAUUGUAUGUAGAUAUUUUGAAAAGCAGUCAAUAAAACCUUUCAGAUCUACAUCCCUUAAAGAAAUUAUUUAAUGUCUUAUAUUUAACUGGUCAUAUGGCCAUCUUGGGGAGCCUUCACUGU